UUGUUUCUUACCGUUCAACACCAGAGUCGACAGUUAGUUAGUGCGUUGCGUUAGGCCAGCACGGAUCGGUUGUACCAAAAAACAGGGAAGAACACUUACUUACUGACGGGAGGCAUUCGGUUCUCCAGAUUGAGAAUAAUUUUAUUGCAUCAUUAAACCCAGACCGGACUGUGUGCUGGAGUGAGUUGGCCAAAUCCAGAUCAUCACCAUGCGGCGACUGGAGCUGACGGUGUUGAGCCUUCUGCUGGUGACCUCGUGUCUGCAGGCGAUUCGCGCCAUCGAUGACGAAGACGACGAUUUGCUGGACGAUAGCGCCGGCGAAGAAUUUGAUGAAGACGAUGAAGCGCUGCUGAGGCAAAUCGAAGCCCAGCACGUGCAGAAGCAGUUCGAGAAAGAAGACCAAAUGGCCAGGGAACUGGCCGCCAAGAUCGCUGCCGAGCACUACAACUUCGAGGGAGUCGAAACUCUGCCCCGGUUGGCCGAUCCAUGCAAGGGAGUCCGUUGCGGCGCCGGGCGAAUUUGCCAAGCCGAAGGUAACGAGGCCAAGUGUGUUUGCAUUCCUGAAUGUCCAGAAGAAUCCGACUCCAGACGGAAGGUUUGCACCAAUCUGAACGAAACUUGGGACUCGGCCUGCGAGGUUCACCGGCAGCGGUGCUUCUGCAACACGAACGAUCCACGCUGCCGCGGAGAGGAAGUCAAGCACGUGCACAUUGACUACUACGGCGGAUGUCGUGAUAUGCCGGACUGCUCGGAGAACGAUCUGGCCGAUUUCCCCCGUCGUAUGCGCGACUGGCUGUUCAACGUGAUGCGUGAUCUGGCCGUGCGCAACGAACUGCCCGAAGCGUACAUGGAACUGGAACAGGAGGCCGAAAGCAACCUGACCAAGCGGUGGACGAAUGCCGCCAUCUGGAAGUGGUGCGACUUGGACGGGCACCCGAACGAUAACUCCGUCUCGCGACAUGAGCUGUUCCCGAUUCGGGCCCCACUGAUGACCCUGGAGCACUGCAUUGCUCCGUUCCUGGAGACGUGCGAUCCGAAUGGCGACCACAGGAUUACCCUGCAAGAGUGGGGCAAGUGCUUGGAGUUGGAAGAGGAUGACCUCACCGCUCGUUGCGCCAAAAUCAACAAAGAGGAUGAUUUGGAGAAAAUCGAGCUGGAGUUAGCAGAUCCAAACUAGGAAUGCACACAGGAAUACAUUUGAUAGGCUUUUCUUUCUAAGUCUAAGUCUAACGAAUGCCGACUUAUCUUCUAGUGUUAAUCCAACACGAAUACUCGUAACCUACUUUGUAAGUACCUCCCCAGUUCUCGAAUAUGUGCCCUGCCUAAUAGUUUAGUCAAGAGAGCGGUGUCGCAUCACUAGACCUAGAUAAGCUGGAUGUAUAAUUGAAUAAUUUCUAACGAUAAUUGCCAUUUCUAGGUACGUAACAGUAAACUCGUGGAACACAG